AUGAACGGAGAACUAGAAAACUAUCGUAACACAGUGGAGAAGACACAGCAUGGAGAGGUUUACAAGAGUACAUGUAGCACAUGGGGCAGGAAGCACUUCAAGACAUUUGAUGGUGAUGUAUACCAGUUUCCUGGUAUUUGUGAAUACUCGCUGGUCUCAGACUGCAACAAUUCCCCAAAGGAGUUCUCAGUGGACAUAAAAAGGAAAGAGAAUGAAGGAAACUCUACAAUAAGUUUUGUGGUCGUGGACAUUAAAAAUAUUUAUUCCUUUAACCUAAGCAAGGAUUUGGUCACUCUGAAUGACCAGAGUGUCAAAAUGCCAUACUACCAGGCCGGAAUACAACUGGAAAAAAAUGACUUUUACAUCAAGCUCCACACAAAAGUUGGCAUCACUGUCAUGUGGUACAACAAUGCAGUCAUGGUGGAAAUUGGUGAUGAAUACAUUAACCGCACUUGUGGACUUUGUGGAAAUUUCAAUGGCAAUUCAGACUACAAUGACUUCAAUGAUGAAGGUCAACAAAUCAGCCCCAUAAAGUUUGGCAAGAAAUGGAGAACCCCUCGUCCAAAUGAUAACUGUGAGGACCCCAAUGAAGAGGCAGAUACAUCACUGGAGACUGAGAAUGUGACAGAGGAGUGCGAGGAGUUUGAAAACAUCUGCAAAGACUUCUUUGAAGACGAAUCCUGGAGCUCCUGCACCGAUCAGAUUGACCCUGAGCCUUACAUACAAGCCUGUAUGCAGGAUAUGUGCCGCUGUAGCAAUACAAAUGACUCCUGUGUCUGCAGCACAUACUCUGAGUUCUCUCGACAGUGCUCCCAUGCUGGGGGAAAACCUCCCAACUGGAGGACUCCUGAGUUGUGUGCUAAACACUGUCCGCCCACCAUGGUAUAUGAUGAGUAUGGGUCUCCUUGCAUCGAUACCUGCAGAUUCCCAGACACAAGUUUACUUUGUGAAGAUCACAACAUAGACGGCUGCUUCUGUCCUCCUGGAACUGUGUUUGAUGAUGUUUCCAUGAGGGGGUGUAUUCCUCGUUCUGACUGUCCGUGCAAACAUGACAAAAUCUAUGAGUCCAAUGAGGUUUACCAAGAGGAGGGAAAAAACUGUACAUGCUUUGCAGGUAAAUGGUCUUGUGAGAGUCUUCAAAUGCAUGCUACAUGUUCAGUUGAACAGGGUUCAUACAUAACCACCUUUGAUGGGAAAGACUUCACCUUCCAUGGAGACUGUUUCUACACUCUGGCUAAAGUGGAAAGCAAGGAUUACGUGAGUCCAAAUUUUACCAUUCUGGUCCAUUUGACACAAUGUUCAGAUCACCAGUACGACACUUGUCUCAAGACCUUGAAAAUUCAGCUGAACAGUGACAAAAACAAUGCCAUAAUUUUCACCUCUGAAGGCAGAGUGAAGAUGAAGAAUGGACAGGAGGUCACUUUGCCUUAUGACUCAGGAGACAUCAGUAUAUUCCAUGCUUCAUCCUUUCACAUCAUGCUCCAGACAAGUUUUGGUUUACAAAUUCAGAUCCAACAUGUGCCUCUGAUGCAAGUCUAUGUCAGUCUGGAGCAGAGCUACAGAGAAAAGACACGUGGUUUAUGUGGGAAUUACAACAUGAUGCUAUCUGAUGACAUGAAGACUCCUCAGGGGAUGGUGGAGGGAAAAGAAGCAACUUUUAGUAAUUCUUGGAAAACUGACUAUACAUGCAAAGAUGGACAAGGACGACUUGAUGACCCUUGCUCUCUUAGCAUGGAAAAUGAAAAGUAUGCCAAGCACUGGUGCGCCCUGCUACGACAGUCAAAUAGUACCUUUGCACGGUGCCAUUCCAUGGUGGAUCCUGAGAUUUACUACAAGCGAUGUAUUUAUGCUAGCUGUAACUGUGAGAAGAGCGAGGACUGCCUGUGUGCUGUCUUCUCCUCCUUUGCAAGAGCUUGUGCAUCAAAGAGAGUGUUAUUGCCAGGCUGGAGAAAGGAUGUGUGCAACAAAUACACCAAGAACUGCCCAGCAUCUCAGACCUUCUCUUACAUACAUCAGAGAUGCCAGCUGACUUGCAGAUCACUGAGCUUAAAGGAGCAGAGCUGCACCUCUGACUUCUUGCCCGUGGACGGCUGUUCCUGUGCUGAGGAUCACUACCUACAUGACAACAGCAUGUGUGUUCCCAAAGCAAAGUGUCCCUGUUACCACAAUGAAGAAACCAUUGAACCAGAGAAGACCAUCAGCAUCAGAGAUGACCAUUGGUGA